GAUAUCGUAAUAGCGAGAGGAGGGUUCGGCUUCGCUUCUGGAUCGAGCUGUUUCUCUCCUUCGCUUCCUCUUCCCCUCCGGUUCUUCACUGUUCUUCUUCUUCUUUUGGGGUUUGGUUGUCGGAAUGAUGGGGAUUUGGUUCGCAUUGGGCGGAUCUGAGUGGCGGCAGUAACAUCGGAUUGAGGGAGGAGGAGGUAACUGAUGGGAUCUGGCAGUAGCAAGAACGCGGCGGCGUCGUCUUCGUCGGGUGGCGUCCGGAAGCUGAGAUCGACAGGAGUUAGGGUCUUCAACUCCUCCUUCUGCUUCGGUCUCUCCUCUAUUCAGAAGAUAGAAGAGAAUGGGAGGCCUAAGCACACUGUUUGUGCUGAAGUAGCGAGCAAAUCAAGCGGUGGAAAUGAUGAUGGUUGUGACAAAGUUGAACUUGCUUGUCAUGGUAAGUUGCCCUGCUCACAUUCUUCUGAUGGUGAACAAUGUGGAGGAGAUAAUGGGGGUAUAGAGCAGAUUGAUUUGGUUCCCAGCAGCAAUUCUGAAACAAAUGCUGUAGCUGAUGCAUCAUCAAACACUUCAGUUAGGUCAUGUUCUCAUUUGAACUUUGUCCCAGAUGAUAUCAACUUUAGGCUCAACAGAGCAGUCAGUUUGGGUUCAUCCGAGUCCCAUCCUCUGUUCUCUGCUGCUGUCUCUGACCUGAGAAGUGAUGCAGGAGAACAUGCUUUAGUAAAUCUUCAUAGUUCUAUGAAUAGAAAUGAUACACAAUCUCUGGAACCAAGCUCUUCCCAAGAUGCAGCUCGAAUUAAUGCAGGCAGAGAUGCUACAAUUAGUCUAUAUUCUAAUAGGAGCUUUGUAGAAUCCAGAAAUACAAGGCAUUCUCAUAGAAGGUUUGGACCUGAAGAACCUUUGGAAGGUAGCAUACGAUUUAGUAGAACACUAAGUGUUGGAAGGCUCCGAAAUAGAGUUCUAAGAAGGACUCCAUUCUCUGAUGGCUUGUUUGGUCCUGCUUUUCUGGAAGAUAGGCCUGUGUGGUCCAGCGAGCAGGCUAGUGGAAGACAAACCUCUGGUGGUGCAGGAAGAGCACCUUCUUCUUCCCGGAGGACUAGUGAACUGUUGCCUGAUUCCUCUAGUAGUGUACCUUAUCAAAUUGCUCGAACUAUGGAUACCAACGAUGAUGAUGCCUCAGAUACUCAACGGAGAGUUGGUAAUCAUGAUGUGUUUGAGCACAGAUCAGCUUUCCUCGAAAGGAGAAGAAGAAUAAGAUCUCAGGUUCGUGCUCUUCAACGACUUGGUAGCCGAUUUGAGAGUUUGUUAGGUCAUGAUAGAUCAUGUAUAUUAUCUGGUCAGCAUCGAACAGGUCACUGCACAUGCAGAACAAAUAAUCAAACUGCCAAUCCUGAUGAUAACACAAGCACAAGGGCGAGCAUAUCAAGGAUAGUUAUGCUUGCUGAAGCAUUGUUUGAGGUUUUGGAUGAAAUCCACCAACAGUCUGUAGUUCUAUCUUCUCGACCGUCUUUUUCGUCCAUCGGAUCAGUUCCUGCACCAAAGGAGGUUGUAGAGUGUUUUCCAGUAAAAAUAUAUCGCAAGCCAUCAAAAACCCAAAACGAGGAGGUUGCACAAUGUUAUAUUUGCCUCGUGGAGUAUGAAGAAGGGGAUUGCAUGCGGAUGUUGCCUUGCAAUCACGAAUUUCAUCGAACAUGUAUAGAUAAAUGGUUGAAAGAAAUUCACAGGGUAUGCCCCCUUUGUCGACGGGAUGUUUGCACAAUAGAUGCAUCAAGCAAGUAGAUGCUCAGUUAAAGGAGUCUGAGUGUCCUUCAUGCAACACCAAUCCCUUCUCAGCUACAAAUUUAAAGUGACCUCUAUUUUUUCUGCCCCUUCACUGAACAUUAGAUUAUAUUCAGUGUGCAUCACCUUCAACUUUGGAUCUCCAUUGGCUCUUGUUUUGGUCAAAUCUGUAUGAGUAUCCAAUUAUGAGAUGUACAACGGCACUGUCUGUAUGUACAAACAUUUUGUAGCCAGCAGACCAAGAGAUUCAUUGAUUAGCGUUUUCUGUAAAACUCUCUCUACAAAGAGAUUCCUUGUAUAUUAUUCGUAAUAUUAUGUGAAGGUAGCUUUUAAUUUAUCUAAUUA